CCUUAAGCCUCUAAUGAGCACCUGUGAGACUGUCAGCCCCUCCCCUCGACUCUCUCCAUGGAUGUUAUCUCUGACUUGACAACAGGUACUUGUAAAGUCCCAGACACAGUAAUCUGUCCAGACCUCGGCGAGCAGUUGGCAGGAGAGUCAGAGCAGAGCUCCUCCAGCACUGAGUCUCAAGAAAUCCCUGUUGAAGCAACUGCAGACAUGGGUCGUCAAGAGGCCGACUAUGUGUGGAAGAAGAACACUGAAAACAUCCAGGAGGUUUUCGACAUCAUGGAGGAGUUGGGAUCGGGGGCGUUCUCAGAGGUGUACAUGGUGAAGGAGAAGAAGACGGGAAAGAUGUUUGCCAUGAAGUGUGUGAAGAAGAAACAGAAAAGAGACCUCAAUCUGGAGAAUGAGAUUGCUGUGUUGAGAAGAAUCAAACACGAGAACGUCGUAGGGUUGGAGGAUUUCUAUGAAAGUCAUACCCAUUACUAUCUUAUCAUGCAGCUUGUUUCAGGCGGUGAGCUCUUUGACCGUAUACUGGACCGGGGGGUGUACUCAGAGAAGGAUGCCAGCAGUGUGAUCCAGCAGGUGUUGCAGGCCGUUAGCUAUCUGCACCAAAACGGCAUAGUGCAUCGUGACCUCAAGCCAGAGAACAUCCUGUACUACAGCCAGGAGGAACAGUCCAAGAUCAUGAUCAGUGAUUUCGGCCUCUCCAAGAUGGUAGAAGAUGACAUCAUGUCGACAGCUUGUGGCACCCCAGGAUAUGUAGCUCCUGAGGUUUUGGCACAGAAGCCGUACAGCAAGGCAGUGGACUGCUGGUCUAUUGGAGUCAUCACAUACAUCUUACUCUGUGGAUAUCCCCCUUUUUAUGAAGAAAGUGAGUCAAGACUGUUCUCCAAGAUCAUGAAGGCGCAGUAUGAGUUUGACUCCCCCUUCUGGGAUGACAUUUCUGAAUCUGCUAAGGAUUUCAUCCGUAACAUGAUGCAGAAGAAUCCCAGCAUGCGCUACACCACCGACCUAGCGCUCAGACAUCCCUGGAUUAUCGGAAAGACGGCCCGGAGUCAGGACAUCUACUAUUCUGUCAGUGUUCAGAUCCAAAAGAACUUUGCCAAGACCAAAUGGAAGCAAGCCAUUAACGCUGCCGUAGCCAUCAACCACAUGAAGAAGCUGCAGCUGGCUCACUCAGAGCUGGUUCUGAGGGAGGCCAGCAUCCCAGACAUCAAAGUGGUCGACAUGUCCUCCCCAACGAAAAACCGCAAACGUCUUGAUCCAGACAAACUGACCCCCACGCUGGCGGAGACGAAUGGGAAAUUAAACGGGACGAAUCACAUGUCCCUGCCCACAAGCCAGGCUGACCUGAAGAGCCACUACCACUCACUGAAGGUCACUCAGAGCCAGUGCAGCGCACACCAUGCACCCACUAUAGCUGAGCAGGGCAAGCAUGUCUACCACUCAGAGCCUGCCAACCUGAACGGAUACGGUAAAAACCACAAUAGCAAACCUGUGCAGACCGGAGUCUGCUCAGUCAUGUGAAGGCUGCAUGAAGUUUACGUGGAUAAACGUAUUUUACUUGGUCAGUGUAGCUGUGCUGACUCAGCAUGCAGCUGUUUUGUGUCAGCAGGUCCCCCUGUGCUAAGAUGAGAAGUGGUUAAUCCUGUGACAGACCCAAGCGGUCUGCGAGGUCCACGCAGUCAGUGGGACAUUUUAUAUUGGAAAGAGUGCCUACAAAGCUUCCCGACAACCACACAAACACAAACACUCAGAUGCACAAGACUCACUUUAACGCAGAUGCACAGGGUAGACUAACCGGGACAGUUCGUACAGUGUUCAAGGGAUUGUGAUGGGCUCACCUUCUGCUGGGCACCUGAAUGCCCUGCUCCUUCGUGGUGAAGCAGUCCCUGACCUCUGAGGUCAUGAAGGCUUUAUAUCACAGCUCCUGGUUUUUGAUCAGGGAGAGUUUAAUUCAUCAGAGCACUUAUUGUCCAGGUUUCAUGUUGCUUAAGAAUACACACAAUGCAAUAAGACUAAACAUUAUUGUACCUUCAUGUGUAAAAUAGAAUGCUUUAGCCAACCUGCAUUUGUAAGCACAUUAUAUAUGGAAAACCUGCAUGCUUACUGCUUCAAAUAAGCCAUACUUGUAUAAUCUAUUCUGGUAAAAUUGUCUCUUAUUUUUAUCAAAUUAUGUCAGUUGUUGUAAACUGUUUAAUUUUUUUUUAUGUUUUUGCUUCCUUUGUAAAAAAAAAAAUAAAAAAAGCUAAAAAAAAAAAAAGCUAUACAAACAAGAAAAAAUGUAUAUAUGUGACUGACAACUUGUUAACAGUGUAAAUGCCACAGGUAUAUCUAUAAUUUGCCAACUGAUAGCUCUCACAUGCCAUCAACCUGCUAGAAUAUAAAUGUAAUUUAUAUUCACUGUAAUAGAUGUCUCAGUCUGCUUGUGGCUUUGUGUUGAUGCGUUCAACAGAUAUUUAUUCUAGUCUAUGUAUUAUGAUGGGAUCCCUGUGUGCUCAUAAAUAAAGUCUGUACAGAAUCUG